GAAGGGAUUUUUGUUUUACCACUCAAUGGUCAACUAACCACCUUUUACUACCAAAACAAAGAACCAAAAAAGUUAACAACUUAAAAAAUGCCAGUGGAUUGGUUCGGUUAUGUGUACGCAGCUACGGUGGCCGCCGGUGGGAUAAUGGGAUACGCCAAGGCGGGUUCCAUUCCCUCGUUGGGUGCCGGUCUGGCCUUUGGAGCCCUUCUCGGCUACGGGGCCCACCUCAACUCCCAGGAGACGCCACGCCCCCUGCUCCAACUGGGCACUUCCUUGUUCCUGGCCGGAUUAAUGGGCACUCGAUGGAACCGAUCCGGAAAACUAAUGCCCGCCGGCGUAGUCUGCAUGCUUUCCGUUGCCGCUUUGGUCAAAAACUUGGUCACCUAUAAUCGCCAAUUGCUGCCCACCAGCACAAAGGGUGCCUAAAUAUCCAUUCCCAGCCGACCCUGAAAUGCUGGACUUGCCGGGAGAUUUUCUACCUUAAUUCUUCAUUAUUUGAUUUCGUUAUUGGUGGUUGGACCUUGGGUUAAGAGCUGUGUCACUUUCUAGCCUGCGAUAAGAAUUGUUCUUGUUGGCUGCGAAUAAAUUUUAUCAUCUAUGCUUUUAUCAAUCUUGCUAAACUAAAA